AACCGUCCACCCCCAGUCCUCUGCGCAUCGAUCUCACGUCCAUUUAUGAGGACGAAGGACCCGUCAACAAAAUCCUCCAAUGGAAGCCCAUGUUCGGAGGAGAAGGCGGGGCCUACGACAACGUCAGCCGGUCCAUUGUGAUCCCUGCCACGGGUCAGUACUUCGUCUACAUGAGGUUCAUGUUGUACCCAUGUGACAUGAAGCCCAACAAAAACCCGGAGGCCUUCGAGGUGGAGCUGAAGCAGUCGAUCAGAGGCUACGACAAAGAUCAGAUCCUGAUCGACAUCCGCGAGUCAGACGACUGGCAUGACAAGAACGUCUACGUGGGCCAGCUGUUCAGGCUGCAUGAGGGAGACAAGCUGAGAGUGUUUCUGGAAGCGGGCUAUAAACUGAUCCGCAGAUCGUCCUUUGGUGCUUUUUUAACGUAGGAACUGGACCCUGGUCCGAUCAGGGUCCGGCGCUGGUUCUGGUUGUGUUAGCUAUCCUUGUUUUGUAUCUAACGUUUCUGCUGCACAACUUUUUCAGAAGUUAUUCUAAUUUAUUUUAAGCUAAUAUUAUUUUAUAAAUGCAUUUAAAGAGAUUUUUAUGUUUGUUGUCUUGAUUUAGGUCAGCCUAUCGUAGCUUUGAGCUACGCUGCCUUAUUUGACGUUGUUUGUAAUUUUGUUCACAGUUUAGUUUUGAGUUGAAAUUAUUUUAGCUUCUUUAUUCAUGACCGGAUGAAUUUGUUCUGGAAGUCUAAACGGGUUCAGUUUGGUGCCGAAUUCCAAAACAUUUGGGUCAUAAACUGAUGUGAAAAUAAAUAUCCAACUGAAAAAAAAUCAGCAAGACGACCAGGAAGUUCUGGUGGUACCGUGGACUCUCUGCUGAUUGGACCUGGAAGCUUCCGGUUUAAAAACUAAACAGUGAAAAACUAAAACUUAUAUUUUUAUAUAUGUUUUCAAUGUAUCUUUGAGCUUUAUUUUGAAAGUCCAACACAAUCCCUUUCAUCAGUGGUUCUGAUCCAACAGGACCGUUUUGGGUCCUACUCUAAACUUUAGGUUAAUCCUAGGAUUCCCUUAGGAAUCUGAAGGCUACUUUUGUAAUGAUCCAGAACUUUUUGUACCGCUGGGUUCUGUAGCUGCUGGAUAUUUAAAGGCAUCGGAACAGUUUGGGUUCCCGUACGGAUCCUUUCAUCCAUUUUUCUGGACCCUGGAAGGAAGUCGGAGUACGCAGAGAGAAGCAUCUCCUGCACCGGUAGAACGGACCAGAAUCCAGGAGCUCCUUGGUUUGAACUGUUUCAAACUUUGUGAUCUAAAGAGAAAUGUUUCUUCAAUUCAAUCCAUGAAGCAUGUCAUCUCGAGGCUCUUUACAAAGUCAAAUUCAAUCAUAUUAUACAG